AUGAAGACUAUGUAUAGGGCAUUUGAUGAGUUAGUAGAGAUUGAAGUGGCUUGGAAUCAAGUCAAGCUUGGUGAUGUCUUUCACUCACCAGAGCAACUCCAGCGUCUUUAUUCAAAGGUUCAUCUCCUUAAGCACCUCAACCCUGACUCUAUGAUGAUCUUCUAUGGUUCUUUGAUCGAUGUCAACAACAUAACCUUUAACUUCGUCACUGAAUUGUUCACCUCCGACACCCUUAGAGAGUGUAGGCAGAAGUACAAGAGAGUUGAUAUCAGAGCAGUUAAGAAUUGGACUCGCCAGAUUCUAAGUGGUUUAGAGUAUUUACAUAGCCAUAUCCUCCCUUGA